GACGUCGCGUUUUAUUCUCACUCUAUUGUAUGUGAGAAAAUGGCGACCGGGACCGGGAAACACAAGCUGCUGAACAUAGGUCCCACAGAGCCAUGGUCGAUCCGGGAGAAGCUGUGCCUGGCCUCCUCCGUCAUGCGCAGCGGAGACCAGAACUGGGUUUCUGUGAGUCGUGCUAUCAAACCUUUUGCAGAACCCGGUCGUCCACCUGAUUGGUUCUCUCAAAAACAUUGUGCCUCACAGUAUUCUGAGCUUUUGGAAACUACAGAAACUCCAAAACGAAAAAGAGGCGAACGAGGAGAAGUUGUAGAGACAGUUGAAGAUGUAAUUGUGCGUAAACUGACAGCCGAAAGAAUUGAAGAACUGAAGAAAUUAAUUAAAGAAACACAAGAAAAGUAUAGAAAAUUGAAGAAGGAAGCAGAACUGAUUCAGAGUGGCCACAUGGACAGCAAAUUGGAGGAACUGUGGAACGAUAUUGUGGCCAAGAAGAAACAGGAAGAGGAGGAAGCCGAGAUGAAAAAGAAGGCAACAGAUGCUGCUUAUCAAGCACGACAGGCAGCUAAGAAUAUUCCUCGCAGAAGUUCAAGCACAAUAGGACGCUCAUCUGUUGGAUCUUCAUCUCCAGGUGGAGAGUUUGGUUUAGGAGACCUGACACCGAAUAGCACCGAGGAGGCAAACAUGGGGGUAAGUGUGGGGUCUUUACCAAACACCCCAGUCUCCUCCUUCAUUGGCAUUCCUGACACCCCUCCUCCUCCUCCAACCCCUUUGGAGUCCCCAUUGACCCCUGUGAUGGACGACUCUCCCCAGAAAAAGAUGGUGGGACAGAAAGCAACUCCACCCCCCUCCCCGCUGUUAUCGGAGCUCCUGAAGAAAGGAAGUGUGUUGCCCACAAGUCCCCGUCUGGUCAGUGAGAGUGAAAUGACUUUAGGAACUAAUAACAUUACCGGCUCUAGUGUCUUAAUGGAUGUUGGGUUACUUCCAAGUCUUCAUGGAGGUGAGCUGCACCCUAUUGCAGGCACAAUUCCAGCAUCUCCGGCAGCAUCAGUGACCCAGCAGGAGGACAGUGAAAAUGCUUCUGAUCCACACACAGUUACCGUGUCCAUGGACAGUAGUGACAUCUCCAUGAUCAUAGAUUCUAUCAACAAGGAAUGUCUGGGAACUGGAGAUAGUAGUGCACAAUCAAAGGAUGAGUCUUCAGACAGCAAGGGAGACCUGGAUCUAGCAGAGAAAAUGGACAUUGCUGUAUCUUACACUGGAGAGGAGUUAGACUUUGAAACUGUUGGAGAUAUCAUUGCAAUAAUUGAAGACAAGGUUGAUGACCAUCCUGAAGUGCUGGAUGUAGCUGCAGUUGAGGCAGCCCUUUCUUUUUGUGAAGAGAAUGAUGACCCCCAAGCCCUUGGUGGGCCCUGGGAUCAAGCUGUUCAGGAACACACAGUGAAACAAGAGACACUUCCAAAGUCUCUCAUUCCGGGGCCCAAGGAUACAGAUACAAUAAUGAAUAUCAUGGAGUUGGCUGAUAUAAAAGCAGAACCUUCUGAACCAGAGGUGGAACCUGCCCAGUCAGAUGGGGCCCCCCUGACAUCUCUUUCAACCUUUCAGCUUGAACCCCCUGAAGAAGAGUUAAGUGAAGCUAGUGUAAAAGAACCAGUCAAAGAAGAGGAAACAAGUGAUCACCAAGUGAAAACGGAGGAACCAGAAUGUGAGACUUCUCACAGUGACGCAUUUCUGAAUGAAGAAGAAAGAGGGAUACCAUCAGAGGAGAGUCCGUCUUUAACUGAGCCAGUGAAAUCCGAGCCUCCAGCUGCCAAUCAGAACAAGGACUCUCAAGGAGAGGAAGAUGAGGAAGAGGAGGAUGUCACAAGUGAGGUUGGUAGUCCUGAAGAGCCCAAAGAAGAAGAAGCCGGGGAGGAAUAUCUAUCUGAAAUGGAUAAUGAACCUCCAAUCAGUGAGAGUGAUGACGGAUUCAGUAUUCAUAAUGCUCAGCUUCAGUCCCACACACUUGCAGAUUCUAUUCCCAGCAGUCCAGCAUCCUCCCAAUUUUCGGUCUGCAGUGAAGAUCAGGAGGCCAUACAAGCCCAGAAAAUCUGGAAAAAAGCUAUUAUGUUGGUUUGGAGAGCAGCAGCCAAUCACAGGUAUGCCAAUGUCUUUCUUCAGCCUGUGACAGAUGACAUUGCUCCUGGUUAUCAUAGUAUUGUGCAGAGACCCAUGGACCUAUCCACUAUAAAGAAAAACAUUGAGACUGGUCUAAUUCGGAGUACAGCGGAAUUCCAAAGGGACAUCAUGCUUAUGUUCCAGAAUGCUGUAAUGUAUAAUAGCUCUGAUCAUGAUGUCUACCACAUGGCUGUAGAGAUGCAGCGUGAUGUGCUGGAACAAAUCCAGCAAUUCCUAGCCACACAGCUGAUUAUGCAGACAUCUGAAUCAGGCAUCAGUGCAAAAAGUCUAAGGGGCCGAGAUUCCACACGCAAGCAAGAUGCCUCUGAAAAGGACAGUGUCCCCAUGGGCUCUCCUGCCUUCCUUCUCUCUCUCUUUGAUGGAGGCACGCGAGGCCGCCGGUGUGCAAUCGAAGCCGAUAUGAAGAUGAAAAAAUGAGGGGUCUGCUAUGUGCAAUACAUUGCAAUAGCAGUACAGUUUUAUGUAUAAAUUGUAUGAUUUAAUGAAUUGAUGUUGUCUUUGGAAAGCCAAUUUAUAAAACCCCAGUAUCUGGGUUUCAUUUCUGUUUGCCUUCCAUGAAGUGUUGAUACAAGCAGCAUUAGGGUACUUUCACACUUGCGGCAGAGGAUUCAGCAAUCUGGACGCAAACUGAUGCAUUUGUGAGACGGAUCCGGAUCCGUCUCACAAAUGCAUUGCAAUACCGGAUCC